UCUGCCCCAAGACAUUGUCCGAGUCUCCACUUGUCCCGCGGGUGCUCUGUAUAUGCUCUUGUAUAAAUUCGCGUUAUUAUUUAAAAUUCAUUCAUUUGAGCUUCUUGCCUUGACCAUGCUGCAUAGCCAUCAAUUUAUUUUCCUGCUGUGGUUGCUCGUUGCACUGCUCAGCGAUGUCAAUGGCCUGCCCUUUUCGUUUAAUUGGGGCCCCUCUGCGAACCGGGGACCCAGCGGCGGACCAGCCUGGAACGGUGGAAGCGAUCAGUCAACCGAUAAUAUAAUUCUACAUUCAAACGGCAAAUGGCGCUACUAGUUGACUUUUGGACCUGAUUAAUGAUAUGAUCCAAUUAAAUAUAUUUUUUAAUUGCUGUUUUCAUGCCUUUCUUUUUGUUGUGGGUGUAGUAAAUUAAAGAUCGACGAACAAUAUUGCCACUCAUCAGCAGAUGAUUUACGUUUAUAUAAUUACCGGAAUUAAUUUGUGAAUAUUGCUCAACUUGGUUGACUGUCUUUAAUUAUUAAGGAGUAUUAAUAUUGUCGUCUUAUGUGUAAUGCAUCAAAGAAUUUUAUCUAAUAAAC